UGGACUGAUAUAUUAUUAAGAUGGGAUCCCAAGAAACAUGAUGGAAUUCAUACAGUAAGAGUUCCUUCAAAUAGGAUAUGGUUACCAGAUAUAUUACUAUAUAAUUUUGCCGAUGACCGUCUUAGAGAACAGCGUGAUGCAUUGGUUGUAGUUGAUUACAAUGGAACUAUAUUGUGGAUGCCACAAGCUAUUUUAAAAAGUUCCUGUUCUUUUGAUACGCUUUAUUUUCCCUUUGAUGAGCAAUCGUGUUUGAUGAAGUUUGGAUCAUGGACGUCUAAUGGAAAUAAACUAAAUAUAGAUUUUGUUCUGCAAGACUCAAUGGACAUGAGUGAUUUCGUGAAAAAUAAUGAAUGGGAUGUGACAAAAAAUACAGCGGCGCGGAAUGUGUUAUAUUAUAGUUGCUGCCCCGAGCCUUAUGUCGAUUUGACAUUUAAUUUAGAAUUACGACGAAAGGUGGCUUUCUAUACAUUUAUACUGGUUCUACCAUGUGCUCUGCUCAGUUUAUUAACAUUGGUUAUAUUUUGGGUACCACCAGAAUCUCCUGCUAAAUUACAGCUAGGUAUGAGUGUCUUUGUUGCGUUUUUCUUCUUGUUAUUGGUUUUAGCUGACUUUACUCCAAGAGCAGCUGCUUCUAUACCUCUAAUUGGUGCAUAUUUCUGUUUAAGUAUGGUGAUGAUUACGAUGUCAACUGUUUUAGCAUGUAUUGUUGCCAAUAUGUAUUUUCGGGGAGUACGGGUCAACAGGGCUCCAAGGUGGUUCCGUUCCUGUUUGGUUAAUGGCGUUGCUAGAGUUUUAUGUUUAAGAGAAAAAAUAGUUGAAAUAGAUACAACAUCCCCUUCAAAGAAAAAUUGGAACACAUGUGUCAUAACUCAACAGAAUGGACGAAAUAAUGACACAGAUACAAAGUGUGCGAAGGUCCGUCUACUGGAAAACAUGAGAGAAAUACGAGAUAUUUUACAGAAAGACGAUGAAAGAAGAGUAAAAAGGGUUGAAAAAGAUAAAUAUGUGUUAGAAUGGCGGGUAUUAGCCUGUAUAAUUGACAGGUUAUUCUUUAUCAUUUAUCUUUUCAUUAAUAUUGUAGGAUUAAUUGUUUUAUUUGUGGCAAAAUUUUGA